UCACUCCUCCAUCAGAACCCCCUCUUUCUUUGCUGCUGACCGCAGAGAUAAGUACAUUCAAGGCAUUACUGUGACUAUACUGUGUGACUAUACUGUGUUUGGGUAUAUUUAUAUAUACUUAUAUUGAUAUAGGCUGUUUGUGGGUUUUUAACCAGCGUUUAGGGGAGCCUGCUGGCUUUAUUGUGGUUGAUUUUUUCCUCUACAGGUUGCCCAUAAGCUCUGGGGGAUUUAUUCUGCCCCUCCUUAGGGUUUAUAUAUAUUUCCUGGCUCCCCUGUACUCCUGUACCGUGUACUUACUGCUUCUUCCCCCGCCUGUUUCUAGUCUCUAGAGCGGGGGAUUUCCAUAGCUGCGCUUGGCGCGGCUUCUCCUUUGAUCUUUCUCCUGUCGGGGGAUUUCCCGCCUCCGGCUCUCUGCUUCUGAGCGCUUCCGGCUACGUGCGCUCAGGACCUCAUUCCCAGCGUUUCCUGCUCCCUCACAGGUUGUAUCUUCAGCGCUGUGUCCUUUUUCCAUCUUGGCUUGGGGCAAAUCCUCCUGCCAGUCACCAUCUCUCCCUAGGGGCAUCCCUCAUAUAUUUAUAUUCACUUAUUAAGAAGUUGGGGCAAUACUAAGGCCAGAAGAUGCCUAGGUCCCACAAUAGUGAUCAGGGCUCAGCAGAGGAGGAAUUCCCUCUGGCUGACUUAACCCCUUCAGUGCACACGGAUCAGGACAGACUGCAGACAGAGCAAUCACAGGCUUUUCAGAUGUCUGUCUCUAAUGCUAUUGCAGCAGCUAUGGGAUCCAUGACAUCUGUCAUAUCCCAGUCCAUUGCACAGGCCCUAGCUACCCAUCCGGCUAAUAUGCCGCAACCCGCUACGGUUUCUAAACCGGCCGGGCCUGGGCCGCAUGCCUCCAGAACAACCUUGACUGGUGAUGAUGUUGCCACCAAUGUUGGCGCGCUUGGUUCGCGCAAGAGAGCCUGUCCGCGUCAGGCAGAACGCACGCGAGAAUGGAAAUGGGCUACAGCACAACAGGAUUGGGCUACCGACUCUGAGGUCGGUUCUGAGGAGGAGACUAUAGAUGACGCCUUUGAUGAGGCAGAGCAGGAUCCCUCCGGGGUCAUGGAAUCUAACCCCCUACCCGGGUGUAGUACUCACAGAUCGUCUGCAGACGCACUACCUGCAGAUUUGGUGGACCCCUCUGGGGACCUGUUAUUUAACCCUGACUCGCUCCAUCACCCGCGAUCGGCUACCUUUGGACCAUGUGUCCAAAUAUUUGGAGGCGCGGGUGCGAUGCCCUCUAUCCAGAGAGGCCCGCAAUAAGCUCAGGGCGGAAUGCCCCAGACCGAUUAUCCCCAACAAGGUCUGCGAUACCCCGUCUGUGGAUCCGAAAAUGAUCCAAUUCCUUUCUAAAGCGGGUUGGAACCCGCGUAAGGGCCUGGAGUCAGCCCUACGCUCCUGCCAGGACAAACUCCUGGACAUAUUUGGCCCUCUAGCCAAGAUUUUUGAUCUGGCAGAGUCAGCUAAGGCUGAGGGCGGUCAGGUAGACCCAGUAGAAUUGCGCGAGUGGGUGCAGCGCGCCAUUUGCAUUGGGGGUAACGUGAAUACGUCCCUAUCCAUGGAACGGCGUAAGGCCAUUCUGUUCAAAAUUGAACCGAAACUCUCGAAUCUGGCACUGACAGAGACAGGAAAGGAGGCUCAAGGCCUACUAUUUGGAGAGUCCUUCAUCAAGGACCUAGGCCGCUAUGUCGGCGCUUUCACCGCCCUCGAUAAAGCCCAGAGCUCAAUGAAGCGGGUUUUCCAGGGUAGGGUCUCUACCAGGGCCGGCAGUUUCAGGGGCCGUCUGUCCGGCCGAGCCCAGUACCAGUCCCGUGGUUCGGGUCGAGGCUCCUUCUCACAGAGACCGGCUUUCCAGGAGCACAGGCGGGAUCCAGCUCCUUUCUUCCCAUCCAGAGGAAAUCCUUGGAGAUCCAGAGGGUAUAGAGGACAACCCGGUUCCAGACGCCCCUAUGGUUGAGACUGACGUGUUGGGCAGUCGUCGUGGUUCUGCAUGAUGGUUUGGAGGGUCGGCAGUUUUGGUUCCAGCCGAUCGUUGUGGUGGAAGAGACGAGAAUUACUUAUCAAGCUGUCGUUCCGGUUUGGUUCCUGAUUCGUUUCCGGAUGACUGGCGGUUCCUUCCCAGGAGGUCGGAUGUUCGGUUUCCAGUUUUGUUGGGACUGUUUGGACUCUGGUUACAAAGAAAGAGGAGGUUCUGAUGGAGGAGUGACCUAUUAUACUAGGACUAUGGGAGGGGUUUGGUCACAUGUUCAAGUUUUUCUUUGCUGCUAUUGGUCAGAGUAAAGAAGGAGAAUAGCAA